AUGGCCAAGGCUGGGUGGCACGAGGGGACACGACACGACAGAAUCCUCGUCGACAUGGCCGAGGACUGCCAAAAGGUGAGCUGCAUGCAUGUCGCUGGCAUCGAGCGGGGAAGCGUCUACCUGCCAUGGUGGUGGUUGCGAGCAGGAAACGUGAGGGCCUCACCGAUGCUAAUCAACAGCAUGCGAGUCUGCAAGUCGGCAGUCUUUCGUGUCGCCAGCAUGCUGCAGCCCGAAUGGCGAGGAAUGUCUUGUCUUUUGGUCUGCAGACUCCAGCUGCACCAUGCAGUGGGCGAUGCUGGCUGCAUGCUUGACCUCUUGCUGCUGACCGAAACGUGGACCAAAGGCCGACGGUGA